GAUACGUCAGCUCUGCCAGCGUGGAAUACGGAGCGCCAGUCCAGGAAGUUAACAUUUACAGGAGUUAGCUGUUCAGCCGUCAAUAUAAUAAUAUUCCCCACGUCCAUACAGACUGGAUAGGCGGCGUAUCCUUUUCUCAAGCUUUUCAACUGUCUGAAGGCACCGCGUCACAAGUGUCUUUUUGCUCAGUCUGACUUCUGACCGUAGAUGAUGGUCGACCCCACACUCGCUGAAAUGGGAAAGAACCUCAACGAGGCCAUGAAGAUCUUAGAGGAUGGCCGAAAUGCAUCAGAACCGGAUGCAGAUAGACGACAGUUCAGCAGGAGUAGUAUCCCUGGACCCCUACAGGGAGAUGGGCAGGAUGUGGCCAGUAUACUCCAGCUGGUCCAGAAUCUCAUGCAUGACGAUGAGGAGGAAGACAAGCCAAGCCAUCGCAGGAUGCAGAAUGUCGGAGAGCAGGGUCACAUGGCGUUGCUAGGACACAGCCUAGCAGCCUACAUCUCCGUGCUGGACAGGGAGAGACUCAGGAAGCUGAUCACACGCAUCGCGUCUGACACAACACUCUGGCUCUGCAGACUCUUCAGGUAUGAGAGUGGCUCAGCAUACUACCAUGAAGAUGACAGAGAGGGCCUGCUGAAGGUGUGUCGCCUGGUCAUCAACACCCGCUAUGAGGACUACUCCACAGAGGGCUACACUGUGCUCAACUCCAGACAGCCUGUGAUUUACCAGAGCGCCACCUGUAGGCCUGGCCUGGGACAGCACCUCUGCAGCCAACUGGCUCUGCCUCUGUCCAGCCUGUGCACUGUCCCCUGCAACACCAUGUUUGGAUCCCAGCACCAAAUGGACAUUGCCUUGCUGGACAAGCUGAUCAGAGAGGAUGUGGAGACUGGGAAGCUUCCAUUGCUGUUGAUCGCCAACGCUGGCACCCCUGGGGCGGGACACACAGACAAGCUGGGCCGUCUAAAGGAGCUGUGUGAACAGUAUGGCAUGUGGCUCCACAUAGAAGGGGUCAACUUGGCCACCCUGGCUCUGUGGGAGGUCUCAUCUCCCGUGACGGCGGCCACCAGGAGUGACAGUAUGACCCUGACCCUGGGUCCGUGGCUGGGCCUGCCUGCUGUCCCAGCUGUCACCCUCUACAGACACGAGGACCCAGCCCUGUCUCUGGCAGCUGGUUUGACCUCCAGUCAGCCAGUAGAGAAGCUGCGUGCCCUGCCUCUCUGGCUCUCCCUGCAGUACCUGGGCCAGGAUGGGAUAGUGGAGAAGAUUAGACACGCUGUAGAGCUCAGCCAACAGCUUCUGGAGAAACUGAAGACUCUGGCUUCCAUAAAGACUUCAGAUGAGCUUGACUCUGAGAUCUCUUUCGUCGAUGCUUUGACUAUGGUGGAGGAUGAGCUCAACUCUCCAGUAGUAGUGUUCAGGUUCUCCCAGGAGACCAGUGCAGAAUCCAGUGGCGCUUCUGUGGAGGGCUACUUUGCUGGAGAGAGAGAAGUGCUAGAUUCCCUCAACAGAUGGCUGUGUGAGCGGUUGGCACAGAUGGUGCCCGCCAGCGGGGUAGACAUAGUGGAGUUGGAGGACGAGGGCACCUGUGUCCGCUUCACCCCUCUUAUGACCGCCGCAGCCCUGGGGACCCAGAGGUGUGACGUGGAUCUGCUGGUGGAGCGGUUGAUUGAGCUGAUUCCUGUGCUGAACUGUACGCUGCGUCUCAGACUGGACUUCAGAGAGGAGGUGUACCGCCACUCUGCCCUCAGUUACAUAGAGGACCUCAGCUGGCCUGGCCUGGGAGCCAUCAGGUAUGAGCCGAGGGUUGAGGAGCUGACUGACACUAAAAGAAAGCUGGAGGUGGAGAAGAUCAACAGUGAGCUGCUGGUGAAACUAGGGGAACUGGAUGCAGACCUCAUCUUCUCCACCGGCCUGGAGUUCGGACCCGAGAAGGACUGCAUAUUUAUUGGCAUGGCAACGGAGGACCUAGACGUGGCAGAGCUAGUGGAUACGAUAGCCGCCCUGGGGAGGGACAUAGAGGAGAACGGCAGGCUAUUAGAGAACAUGACAGAGGUGGUGAGGAAAGGCAUCCAGGAGGCAGAGCUCCAGCUCCAGAAAGACAACCAGGACAAACUCAUGGAGGAGGGUGUGUUGAGACAGAUUCCUCUGGUCGGCUCCGUGUUGAACUGGUUCUCUCCGUUCCAGAGCACUGUGAAGGGCAGAACCUUUAACCUGGCUGCAGGUUCCCUGGACUCCACAGAGCCCACCUACUCCAUGAAGGCCCAGACAGGUGGGCUGGCGUCGCCAGAAACCCCUACCUCCUCUGCCAAGAGACUGCCGGGACAGAGGCUGUUCCGGCGCGAGGGUGCGGGGGGCUCUGACUCCUACAGUGAGACCAGCUCCGUGGGCCAGGCUGAGGAUUUCUCCAGGGAGAGGUUCCCACAACCCACCACACCGUCCCCUGUCCCAGAUGAGGCGGUUUCCGUGGUCCCUGAGAGCCCAGAGACCCCCCAGGUGCCGGCUGAACCCGAGCCCACGCAGGAGAACUGUGAGGUUGGUACACAAGAGGAGGAGAGACAGCCUGAUGGCCAGGACGCACCAGUGGAGGAGACAGGCAGAUAGGACAGCCCUCAGAGCAGGGUUAUUUGAAACCAGCUCUGAAAGGCUCCAGGCCAGUCCAGCAGGUGUUGCAGAGCAGGGAUUCAUUCCGUUCUCAAAUAAUUCUCCCUUGCCUCUUUUCUUGACAACUGUCUCCUUAUAGAUCUAAAGGGACUGGAAACUGUGAUGAGAGAUAAUUAGACAGCAAAGGCUUCACUUAGCCUGUAUCUCUACUUUAUUCUUUCUUUCCCGUCCCUUGAUGAAUGACUGGGAGAGGUCAAGGACAAAGGGAAGGAACCAGGUUUUCAGAAUGGAAUCCAGCCUUAGUCUCUAGGGUUGUGUCUGAGGACUCGAUCACUGUGGGUUAAUAAAUAACUAUGUAGGAGUAGGACCUAAGAAUUCUGGUCAAGCAGGAACGACACCUGAGGCAGGGAGUCAAAGGUGAAGGGUCGUCUGAGGACUUCCUGGUUCAUGGCCUCCACUACUUCAGUCGGACUCGUCAUGGCCCGGAGGUAAAACAGCUUAUAUGCAAGCCAAGUAACGUGACUAACACUGGAAAUAAAACCAUUUUAUUUUGUAUGUAAUGUAUGCGCACCUAUUUCUAUCCACUCAAUCACCAUCAUGAUCAGUAAAACCAGAUCUAUAUAGAGGGAAAUGUAGUAGAAAAAUGAAAGCAUACUGUGAUAUGAAUUGAACGAGAGAAUACACACACCCACCUGCUUCUGUGCACUACCCCAAUAGACCCUCCACGGUUUGUCAAACACCCUCCUGUUAAUUUUUUCACAUACUUGGGUCUGAUUGGUGAAUGUUUUUUUUAAACAAUAUAAAUGUAUGUUUUUAAUAAUAUGACCAAUGGGGCUAACCAUUUCCUUACAUUCACAAGCAAAGUCUUGCUUUACAUGCAUUUUGAGGAAAUAGUUUAUGUUUUUUUUGCUCAAAAAAUAUAGCGGCUGUAUGUUAUGUUUAUGUUUCCUGUGAGAAAGACAUACUGUAGCUAUUAUAAUGACUAGACUGAUGAUAGCAUAUUUGCAGGUUAAAGGAUUUUGUUUCAAUGCAGGGCUGUUUAAAAAAAAUAUAUUCCUUUUGUUCUGUCCAUUUAUUACUGCACUACCUUAUUUAAUGUUGCACAGUAUUUGUUAAUCAACUUUUUAAAUUCAUUUAUUUUUUAAUUCUCUUAACAGUCUAAUUUGUUGCAAUAACUACUUUGAUGAAGAAUUCUGAUUCCUGACUUGAAAUGACACAACAAUAUUUCCAUCCUGCUUCCAUUAUGAUCUCUGAUUUCACAUGCCCUUUCAAGGAUCCAGUUUUAUGUUCCUUCUAUACCAUUGUCAUCAAAAGAGAGAAAUUCUCUAGAUAAUUUAACUAUUCUCAACCUACAGCUCUAAGGGGGUUUACGACAUGUUUUGUACACAGUUAUAAUUAUUGAAAUGAUAGGUGUUACUUUCUCGUUGUCCAAUCAUAUUUCUGCUAUGGAGUCAUAAAAAUUGGGAGAACUUUAAUGACCUAGGGUGUCAGUAGACUACUGACAUUACAAUGCCUUUCAAAUGUGAUGAAUCAUUUGCUUAUAAAACUGCUUUUGUAUCCACUGUACAACACUGUGCUGUUAGACAUUUUUCUAUCCAAAGCAGACAGAAUGGAAUGAGCUUCUACUUUUUCUUAACUUAGAAUGUGCAUUUAACUUGAAAAUACAACCAUAAUUGUUGUCUUCUGAAUUGAUACUAUAAAGAUGAGCUUGGUUCACUGUA